AUGGAAAAUAAAGCAAGCUACAAGAAAAUAGGCUACGGAUUAAGAUAUGUCACCAGGCGUCGACAAAAACAACAGGGGAGACAAAACAGACUUCACCCAGCAUUAACAGAAUUUAUUCAAGCAUGUGUGUAUACAGCACAUGGUGAACGACUAACAACAGGCAGAACUUUGGUUGAACUGGAUCAAUUAACAGUACAGACUCCAUCAAACUACAACACAAGAAAUUUCCGCUCGUGCUUAUCCAUCAGACUUAUUUGUUGA